GAAACUGGUCAUAGAGGUCCGAUGCGUCACGUUUAUUUGGGCCUUGUGGAGCCCCGCCGGCUGCGUGUUUGUUUUGUUUUUUUUUUCUUUCCUCUUUCUUUUUUUUUUAAGAACCGGAACCUCUUUUUUUCGGCUCUUGUGCAUUCUGGAUCCAGCCGGAAAAUAAACAAGGUACACUGCUUGGUGAAGUUGGUGGGGUGUUUUUUUUUUUAAUUUUUUUUUUUUUUAUAAAUACACCCCCCCCCCCCCCCCAGUUCAUAGAAUGUAACAGGCCUCGUUACUGGUUCUUGCAUUUGUCACCGACCGUUCUGACGUUUUAAAUAACCGAGGUCCUGUGACAGCUGAAGCCAUACAUGUACAGCGGAAGGAUGACCGAGGCAUGGCAGCAGCAGCAUGCAGUGGCCCCUCCUCCUGUUGCGCAUCCUCUUCUUCAAGGAGCCGAAAAUCCCCUUGGUAGUGCCGUGUAUGGGAUCGUGCUUCCAGCAGACCCUGCUUUACAGCAGUCGCAGCACGGCCAGCAGCACCCUGUGCCCGCUCAACAGCCGUCCUUGCAAGUCGGGAGUGAGGGCGGGCAUAAAUGUGGAGCGUGCGGUCAUGAUAUAUCUCACCUGGCGAACCCACACGAGCACCAGUGCAUGGUGAGCCAGGACCGCUCUUUUCAGUGCACCCAGUGCAUGAAGAUCUUCAGUCAGGCCACUGAUUUGCUGGAGCAUCAGUGUGUCCAGGUAGAACAGAAACCGUUUGUCUGCGGCGUGUGCAAAAUGGGAUUCUCCCUUCUCACGUCUUUGGCGCAACAUCACAAUGAGCAUUCGAAUGGCAACAACCCUAUGAAAUGCUCCAUCUGUGAGAAAACCUACAGGCCAGAUUCUUCCUCCUCGAACCCCCAGCAGCCAUCUACAGGCGAGACCUCUGGCAGCGGAGCAGCAAUGGGCUCCUCUUCGUCCACUGCUUUUCAAAACUCUGAAAGGCCUUACAAGUGUUCGGUGUGCUCCAAGGCUUUCCGACACCUAUCUGAGCUCUCUCGGCAUGAGCGAGUGCACACGGGCGAGAAGCCUUACAAGUGCAACACCUGUGACAAGAGCUUCAGCCAGGCAUCUCACCUGGCGCACCACCAGCGCACUCAUAGUGCUGACCGCCCUUACAAAUGCGCUGUCUGUGAUAAGACCUUCAAGCACCGGCAGCACCUUGUGCGCCACAUGUAUGCCCACUCUGGCGAGCACCUGUUCAAGUGCAACUUGUGUGAGCUGCACUUCAAGGAAUCGUCUGAACUGCUGCACCAUCAGUGCCAACCCGCGGGCGAACGACCCUUCCGUUGUGCGACGUGCGGGAAGUCCUUCAAACGGCCGUCGGACCUCCGGCAGCACGAGCGCACCCACUCGGAAGAAAGACCAUUCCAAUGUGAAGAGUGCCAGAUGAGUUUCAAGCAGCAGUACGCCCUCGUGCGACACCGCCGCACUCACAAAAACCCAGCAGAACGUCCUUUCAAAUGCAACCAGUGCGACAAGGGCUUCUUGCAACCGUCCCACCUUCUGUACCACCAGCAUGUCCAUGGAAUCGAGAACCUGUUCAAGUGCGCCGCUUGCCAGAGGGGGUUCAGACAGUCCGGGGAGCUGCUCAGGCACAAGUGUGGAGAAUCCGCCUCAGGCGCCAAUGCACCUGAGAAACCGUACAAGUGCGACGUGUGCGGCAAGGGCUAUAAAAAGUCGUCCACCCUUCAGCGACACCAGAACUCCCACUGCACGGAGAAGCCGCUCAAAUGCUCCUUGUGUGGUCGCCGCUUUCAGUCGUCGUCCGAUUUCGUCCAGCAUCACUGUGAUCCUGCUCGCGAGAAACCAAUGAAGUGCUCGGACUGCGAGAGGCGCUUUAAAUAUUCGUCGGAGCUCCAGAGACAUCGCCGUGUCCAUACGGGGGAGAAACCUUUCAAGUGCCCAACCUGCGACAAGGGAUUCAAGCAGCGAGAGCACCUGGCCAAACAUGGCAUCGUCCACUCACGGGAAGCCCAGUUUAAGUGUGUGUGGUGCGGGGAGUGCUUCGGGGAGCUGGGGGCUCUUCAGGAGCACACAGUCCAACACACUGCAGAAGGAGGGGGUUAUCCAGUAGCCCCGUGCAUACAGUAGUGGUGCUCCAGCAAUGUUAACCUCCCGUCUUGUUUAACGAAGCCACGAAUAUAUAGUGCUUAUAUGAGAAACUUGCCAGUAUUCGAAACGUGCUAUAAUUUAUUGAGGUUCAUUUCAAGACUUGCAGCCUGUGAUAUAUAGUUUUCAGCUAUUUUCCAGCCUUAAAAAAAAAAUGCUUCGGUGGAAAAUAUAGUAAAAUGUCCAAAAAGUAUUCAGAAGUUUGUAGAAUAUACAUUCAAGGACAACUAUUCUAGUUUUUUUGUAGCUCCGAUAUUUGAACUUCGAAUACAGUGCUGUUGUGUUUGUGAACAAUUGUAUUUUCACAAUUUUAAUAUUAAUGAGCUGAAUUCAGUCAUUUUGUUAGGAGUGAGAAAUUGGAUUUCACUGGCUGGAAUAAUUAUGUGGCAUAACACUUAUGAGGCAUGUGACAGACAGAGUGUUACUUUUUCCCCCCAUAUUGUACAGUACAUGUACAACCUCAUGCUUUUUACCUGCCAUAGUGUGUGUGUGUGUGUGUAUGUGUGUGUGAGAGAGAGAGAGAAGCCAAACUGCUCUGUAUAGUAACUCUACUGCAUAAACUCCAAUGCCUAACCCAUGAUGUAACAGGGUAUGUGUAUGCAUGAAUAAUCUGAAAUCUCUGUUAGUAUUAUUAUGUUGUAAACUGUACCUGGUGCUUAUUUGUAUGUUGUCUUCUAGGCAAAAGAACAAAGUUAGUUCCUUUGAAGUGAUGCAGUUGUAUGUGACGAGUGUAAGUGGUUAAUUCAUCCCUGCAGUUAUCACGGCUAUUUAGACGAUUCUCAGUAACACUAAUGCAUUUAUACAGUUUACAGUUUGGACUUGCAUUUCAACUGCCCAGUAACAGCAUGUCUGUCACAGCAAUUUAAAAAAAAAAAGAAAAAGGAAAAAAAAACAUAGUAUAAACUCUAAUAUCUUCAGUAAUAUUCAGAAAUUGAUGUUUUGUAAUAAUUUAGUACAAUAGUACAAUUUAGUGUCUGUAUCUCCACCAUACUGUAAACUAUAUCUCCUCGAGCAUUCCUCUUUAAGGAUGGUUACUUCUUACAGUGGAUCUAGUAGGAUAAUUUUACCUUUUUUUUUUACAUUUCUUUUAUUUUUCCCCCAAAUGCUGCCCUCGUGUAUCCCAUGUAUGCAUUUGUUACGUCACCAAAAAUGUUGUCAUUUAAAAAUUAGGUUUGCAUCCUAAUAUGAAUUUAAAAAAAGUCUAGGAAUCAAAAGCACCUUGGUUGUAUUAAGGAAUGCUGCAAAGUUUGUUAGCACCAAGGCAAAAAUUGCACCUUAAUCAACCUUAAUCAGCAGUUCAUUGACCGUCAUGUGCUGAUCAUGAUUAUUUGGAUGAUGCCAGAAGAGUCAUACAGGCAAGCAUCCUGGAGAGACAUAAUAGGAAAUGAUGAUGAUGGUGAUAAUACUAAUAUUAAUAUAUUAAAUGUUUGUUAGCUCUAACAAAGUAGUCUUUUUUUUUCAGGAACAACCCUAUAAAAAUGAUUCACAAUGUCCAUUCAUUGUUUGUUUCAGUUACAAUAUCUAAUUCACUGAGGUAAUUAAUAAGAAAUAGGGAUGUAGCCUGCUCAUCCUCAGGUGUAGUACCUAUAAACCGUUCUCUAGUUUUUUUUUUUUGUUCACUUUUAACAUUUUAAUAUUUUAAGUUUUUUUUUAAGAUGGUGGGGCGAUUUAAAUAUGUAAAUAUCUCUAUAUGUAAUAAUUUGUCCUAUCUUUGCACUUGUAUGUAUUGUGACCUUAGGCUACAUGGCAUUAACCAAUAAAUGUUUGCAAAUAUA